AUGCCUGCCCUGAAAUUCGUAAGAUCCGUUUGGGAAUCAUUCCGUGCAUCUUCUGGCCUGGAGCCAAGCCUUCGCGUAACUCAUGCGGUUCCUGGCAAAGUCAGGUUUGAACUCAACAUUCAGAAAGAACACACCAACCGCCUGAACAUCCUUCACGGCGGAACAAUCGCCAGCAUGGUCGAUCUCGGAGGUUCCCUAGCCGUCGCGUCCAGGGGCCUAUUUUCAACUGGCGUAUCCACAGAUUUAAACGUCACCUAUCUUAGCUCCGGCGGUAAGAUUGGGGAUCUUAUCCGAGCAGAAGUGACAUGUGAUAAAUUUGGUAAAACCAUGGCAUUCACAUCAAUUCGCUUCAUGAAUAGUAACGAAGAGGUUUUCGCGAGAGGGAGUCACACCAAGUACAUCGCACUUGCAUGGAAAGACCCUAAAAACACCGUGGAGGAACUAACGCCUAGGGUGGAGAAGAAAUAA